CAGACACUGCACAAGUCCGCAUUUACCGACCGAGACCUUCACUCCAGAAUCGCCUAGUUACUGCCGCACGAUGCUGGCUGAGUGUCUGCUGCACGCAGCUGUCCCCCUGAUGUUGGUACUGGUUCUCUGGGUCCUGUGGAAGCACUACUCUAACCAGGGGGACCCGUCCUGCGACCUGCCCCUGCCUAAGGGGAGCAUGGGGCUGCCGUUUGUAGGAGAAACCCUCGCCUUCGCCACACAGGGGGCUGAUUUCAGCCGAAUCCGCCAUGAGCUGUACGGAGACGUGUACAAGACCCACAUCCUGGGCCGCCCGACCGUCCGCGUCAGGGGCGCCGCCAACGUGCGCAAGAUCCUCCACGGCGAGAACACCCUCGUCACGACGGUCUGGCCGCACAGCAUCCGGGAGGUCCUCGGCAUACAGAACCUCGCCAUGAACUCCGGCGACGAGCACCGCUUCCGGAAAAGGAUCGUCAUGAAGGCUUUCAACCAUGAUGCUAUGGAGGAGUACCUGGAGUCGACCCAGACCGUCAUCCGAGACACCGUAGCGCGGUGGUGCGGCCAGCGGCAGCCAGUUCUCGUCUACCCGGCGACCAGAGAGAUGACGUUCCAGAGCGCAACAGCUUCCCUGGUCGGCGUCCGCAGCGGCGGGGAGGAAGCCCAGAGGGUCACGGAACUCUUUCAGAACAUGGUGGACAACCUCUUCUCGCUCCCAAUAAAGAUCCCAUUCGGAGGACUGGCGAAGGCCCUGCAGUAUCGACAAAGUAUUGACGAAUGGUUGGAAGGCCACAUCAAAAUAAAGCAGCAAGACAUCGAUAACGGUGACGUCGGCACAGACGCCCUGUCCCGCAUGAUGUUAGCGGCGCACGAUGUCGGCCACCACCUCAGCAGCCAGGAGAUCCAGGACACCGCGGUGGAGCUGCUGUUCGCCGGGCACGAGACCACGUCCAGCGCCGCCACCUCCCUCAUCAUGCACCUGGCGCUGCAGCCGCAGGUGGUUCAGAAGGUGCAGGAGGAGCUGGAGAAGCACGGGCUGCUGCAGCCGGACCAGCCUCUGAGUCUGGAGCAGGUCGGCAGGCUGACGUACGUGGGGCAGGUCGUCAAGGAGGUGCUCAGGCUCAGUCCACCUAUUGGAGGAGGCUUUAGGAGGGCUCUGAAGACAUUUGAACUAGAUGGCUUCCAGAUUCCUGAAGGCUGGACCGUCACCUACAGUAUCCGGGACACCCACAAGUCGACCGACACCGUGUCCAGUCCUGAGCGGUUCGACCCGGACCGGUGGGCUGCCGACAGCGACGGAGGCAGAAGGGGGCGCCACGACUACAUCCCGUUCGGCGGCGGGCCCCGCGCGUGCGUCGGGAAGGAGUUCGCCAAGCUGACCAUGAAGUUGCUGUGCGUGGAGCUGGUGAGAGCGUGCCGCUGGGAGCUGGCGGACGGGAAGGUGCCCGCCAUGACGACCAUACCUGUCCCACGGCCGGUCAAUGGCCUCCCGGUCCGAUUCACUCCAUGCGAACCGCGAACGAACAACAGGCUGUCAGAGGCAACGAGAAUUUGUAAGGGUAGUAACGCCCCUGCUGCCAGUUACACGCCCCCAAAACAAGAGGACUAUGAUGAAGCUCCUUGCCACACUGUGAUGGCAAGAAAGUCGGAAGCAUGUGGGGCAUAGAUUAUAUAUGUAUGUAUAUAGAUUAUAUAUGUAUACGUGUAAACAGUUGCUGCUCUAUCAAAACUAAUUAUUAACCACAUCAAUCAUUAUCAUGUACAACUAAAGACCUUAUGUUAUGUUUAUAGGUCUCUGUGGGACCAAGUGUAC